AUGGCCAACUCGCCGCCUGCAUACAGGAAUCGUCCCCUCUCGAUCCGUUCGGGUGGCAAGUCCAAGGGCGCCAGCUCCAGCUCGGCCGGCAGAACGAGCUUCUCCCUCAGCUCGCUCCGCGGCCAGAUUCAGCCAGAGCUCUCGCGCAAGCUCUUCCGGCUCAUCAAAUCGGAGAACAGCCUCAUCACGGCACACGAGACAGCCGGUAGAGAGCGGCUCUCCAUCGCGCAGCAGCUCUCGGAGUGGGGAGAGCAAACGGGCGACGACGCCAUCAGCGACGUCUCGGAUAAGGUGGGCGUCAUCCUGAGCGAGGUGGGCGAGCUGGAGGACACAUACGCGCACGCUCUCGACGAGUCGCGCGGUCGCCUCAAGACGAUCCGCAAUACGGAAAAGAGCGUUCAGCCGAGCCGCGACGGCAAGGCCAAGAUUGCCGACGAAAUCGGAAAGCUCAGGUUGAAGGAGCCCGAGAGCGCGCGGCUCGUCGUCUUGGAGCAGGAGCUUGUUCGAGCCGAGGCUGAGAAUCUCGUCGCCGAGGCGCAGCUGACCAAUGUGACGCGCCAGAAGCUCAAGGAAGCGUACGAAGCCGAGUUUGCCGCCACAAUUGAGCGUGCGGAGAAGCAGAUUAUCCUAGCCAAGCACGGUCGCCGGCUUCUGGCCCUUCUGGACGACACACCCGUCGUGCCAGGCGAUGAACGCCAGCCAUAUCUGCAUUGCCAGCAGGCUCGCCAGGUGCUCAACGAUUGCGAGGACGACCUCCGGGAUUGGCAGCCCGAUCAGGAGACGUACCAGGAGUUCCUCGCCGACCAGAUGAUUGCUGCGAAUGCAGCCGGCUCCUUGGACAAGAGCAAUUAUGAGGGCUUGGAGAAGCAGCAGGAAACGUCUCGAGUCUCGGGGGUGCACCCUGUUGAGGGCGAGUCCAAUCAAUCUGCCGAGAUCGGAGCGUAA